AUGCCGCCAACGCAGGGGAAGUAUGUGCGGUAUCUUAUUCUCGCUGUUGUGGGAUUAGCCUUUUUCUUCCUCACGAGGAGGCCUCUCCAUCUCCCAACGCCAACGCCAUUUCCGCCCUCCGAUGGUCACUCAGCAGACACCUCAGGACAAACACGUCAUGCGCAGUCGAGCAGUGAGGUCAUGCGUUUCGCGGCCGCUCACCCCGGUGGUCGAGCAAAUGCGACAUUCGUGACUUUGGCCCGAAAUACAGACAUUUGGGAAAUCUCUCAAGCAAUCCGGCAGGUGGAGGACCGAUUCAACAAUAAAUUUCACUAUGAUUGGGUCUUCUUGAACGAUAAACCAUUCGAUGACGAGUUCAAGCGCAUCACGAGCUCCCUGGUGUCCGGGACUACGCACUAUGGCGAGAUACCCCCGGAGCAUUGGUCGUAUCCCGAGUGGAUCGAUCAGGAUAGAGCACGGCAGGUGCGGGAAGAAAUGAAAGAGCAGAAGAUCAUCUACGGUCACUCUGAGAGCUACCGACACAUGUGCCGAUAUGAGUCCGGGUUCUUCUUCCGCCAUUCUCUGAUGCAGAACUAUGAGUACUACUGGCGCGUGGAGCCUGGAGUGGAGCUCUUUUGCGAUAUACCCUAUGACCCCUUCCUGUUCAUGAAGGAAAACGACAAGAAGUAUAGCUUUGUGAUCAGUAUGUAUGAGUACCCAGGGACGAUCCCGACCCUCUGGGACGGCGUGAAGCAGUUCAUGAAUGAUUACCCGCAACACAUCAGCGAGCAAAACUUGAUGCGCUUUUUGAGCGACGACAAGGGCAAGACCUACAACAGUUGCCACUUUUGGUCAAAUUUCGAGAUUGGGAGCCUGGAUUGGCUACGGUCCAAAGCAUACAUGGACUACUUUGAAGCCCUAGACCGGCAAGGCGGCUUCUUUUACGAGAGAUGGGGCGAUGCUCCUGUCCACUCGAUCGCCGCUGGACUUCUCCUCAACAAGGAGCAAAUUCAUUUUUGGGAUGAAAUCGCUUACUACCACAUGCCGUUCACCCAUUGCCCUCCAGACGAGCAAUUGAGAAAGGACCUCCGAUGUAGCUGUGACCCAUACGGCAAUUUUGACUGGAAGCCCCAUUCAUGUCUUUCGCGCUACUUCAAGGCGAACGAAAUCCCCUUGCCAGCAGGGGUGGAUGAGUACAGUUGGCUAGCAAUCUUUGGAUUCGUGUUGCUAUUUGCAAACAUUGCUUGUAUCAUUGCUGUUGCCAUCAACCCGCGAGCACGAGCACAGGCACUUAUCACGGUUCGGGGUAUAUACCUGCAAGGCCAAACCCUCUGGGAGCGGUAUAAGGAGGAGAAAAGAGAAUGGGAGAGAGAAAGGUUACGGAUGUCACGGUAA